CUCAUAGAAAUCUACCACGCCGUCAAGUUGUAGUGUUAUACACACACCUCCAAAAACCCUAAAUCAUAUACACCACCGAAUCGAAAGUUUCAGGGUUUAAUUCUGCAUCGUCUCCUCUGCAUUUCGAUCAUCUCCGUCAUCUCAACUCUUCUACUCUACAAUGGCCGCAAGCGGAAUCCCCCCUACUGCUCUCGAUAAAGAACAGAUAUUUGGAAUGGCUGAAAAAGAGAUGGAGUAUAGAGUCGAAUUGUUCAACAAGAUGACCCAGACCUGUUUCAACAAGUGUGUUGACAAUAAGUACAAGGAGUCUGAGCUAAAUAUGGGUGAAAAUAGUUGCAUUGAUCGCUGUGUUUCCAAAUACUGGCAUGUGACUAAUCUAAUUGGUCAGCUGCUUGGUACCGGGAAGCCUCAAUGAUCGCAGUGUAUUAUAUCGGUGUUCUAUUUUGCGGUUUGAUUUGCCUGAGCUAGGACUGCAAUAUUAGUAGUUGCAGCCUGAGGAGAUUUAAUAUUUUGCAAGAUCUUUAUUUUUUCCAUGACUAAGUUGAGGUCAAGCUAUUUUAUUAAGAAAGAGUUUGAAUACUUAUGAGCUUGAUGUAGCUCACACAAAACUCUAGAAUAAUUUACUCAGUUAAUUUAGUUCAUUCUUCAUUUAUAAUUUGACUCUUCAAGUUUUACCCUCAGUUUAUGUUAUUCUGUCAACAAAUUGUUCUUGACUACAUUAUCUUGCUACCUAGAUGCCCUUUAUCUCUAUAUGAUUCUUUAAUAAACAUAAAUAAGACAGACGAAGGCAAUACAACAAAGAACCCCAUAUACACGAU